GGAAAGGGGGAAGCAGGAGGUAUUUUUAGGUUAUCUCAGAGUAACUAAGAGCUACAAGAUUUUUGAUAUGAGUAAAAAUAAGAUGGUUAUCUCAAGAGAUAGAUUUGUUGAAACCAUAUUUCUGCUUAGCUUGACAGAGCUCAUUGCCGAAGAUGAAGAACCUGCAAUCUUUGAGUUCCCUCCUUGGCACUAUGACGAGAGUGAAACACAAGCUCACAAAGACAGUCGUGACCGAAGUGAAGAUGAAAGUGGUAAUGUAAAGAAUGGUGGCUUACAUGAUCAAAGCAACACUGAGCAAAAAACAGAAGGUGGGACAAUAGCCCAAGAACAUACCCCUAUACAAGCAGAAGGUUUCAUGGCUUUUGGAGCAAUUGGGAGUGGAGAAACAGAGAAAUGUGUCUUAGACGCCGAACCAGAACCUGAUGAAAGCGACUAAAAAUUUGUGUUUUGAUCACUACAGUGCACGAUCGGCGUGGUUCCGUACGUCUUCCUCUGGUUCGUUCAUCUGUUGUCUUCUCCGGCCUACACGAACUCAGCCUCCAUAGAUUCUCAAUCGUUUCUUCACCGGAGCGGGCAUAUGAGUGUUUUGGCUCCAAACCUUUGGGCUUUGGCUCUUGGAUUACUACUUUUGGU